AUGAAAAGCAGAGGAGUAAACCUUGGGUCGUGGCUCGUGGCCGAAAAAUGGAUGACUAGCUCUGCCGACUUCUGGAAGGGAAGUGUGAACGCCUCCCAUGGAGAGUACACGGCUAUCGUCCAAGCCACUGACCCGGACGCUAUUCGCUCGCACCUCGAGUACCACCACUCGACUUUCAUCAAUGGAAGCGACAUUGCCGACAUCGCCGCAGUCGGCAUCAAUACCGUGCGCGUUCCUAUCGGCUACUGGAUCGUCGGGUUCGAUAACGACGACCCAUCAGGCAAAGCUGAGUGGAAAGUCUUUACAAAGGGGACUCUCAAGUACUUGGACUUGCUGGUGACCGCCUGGGCCAAGAAGCACAACGUCGCAGUGCUGCUAAGUGUUCACGCAGCAAAGGGGUCUCAAAACGGAGCAGACCACUCGUCUCCGAGCGUCUAUGGCACGGAUUUCUGGGCCUCAUUUGCUGAGAAUGUCAACAAUACCAUCUCGAUGGUGUCGUACUUGGCCGAGCGAUACAAAGACGAAGACGCGUUCCUUGGCUUCGCGCUCCUGAACGAACCGAACGGAAAAGCGACGACAAAGAUACUUUAUGACUACUAUGAACGAGCGUACAGUGCCGUUCGAGCAACGGGCUGUGAGUGCGUGUUGACGGUAGCGCCGUUGCUGUACGAACAGUCCCCUGAUGUGAUGACGGACUUUAUGCUGGCCCCGAAGUACACGAACGUGUGGGUGGAAUGGCAUCCGUACUUUGUAUGGGGCUACGACAACGUAUCGGACCAGGAGCUGGUGAAUACGAGCGUCAAAGUGAACUUCCAAAACGAUGUGACGCAGUGGAACUCAGUCCCGGGUCACAACCACCUUUUCAUCGGCGAGUGGUGUUUCGCUACAAACGGGAAGUUUGCAAACGACUCGGAGUUGUUCUAUCAGUUCGCUCAGGCGCAGACGGCGGUGGUAAAUCAAGCCGAAGGCGGCUGGACCUACUGGAGCUGGCGUAUCUACGACGAUGAGACUAGCGAUAACAUGUGGUCGCUGCGUGCUGUGCUCCGUAACGAGAGGCUCAAGGAAAUCCUGUUUCCGUCUGGCAGUGGCAGACUGCAACAGCAGCGGACAAUAAGCUCUAUCAGCAGUUCCAUGUUCAUCCACCAGUCACAACAGCAGCUACAAUUGUGA